GAACACAAUUUUCGUUUCCGAAAGAUUCGAAAAUUAAAAAUAUAUCUGUAGCAUCUCUACCAAUUCCCUCUACUGACUGCCUACGAUAAUAAACCGAAGCACAAAAACUAUAAUAAAAAAUGAACUUUAAAACCAACGUAAUAAAGCACAAACUCAAUGCAGUCAAAAUGAACUUUUUGCAAUCAGCGUUCUAUGAAAAUAUAAUGGACGCGGUAUAGUCGGUACUAAUCAUUAAACUAUGUGAGACAUAUAAAAGCAGAACGAAAUACAAUUCUUAUCAAAGUAUAACCGCUAUCGUUUGAAUACGGACGCGUUCGCCCUUAAAAAAAAAUGUCCAAAAUUUUUUUAAUAUUCUCGAUCAGUGUCGUGACGUCAUUCGCCUUGCCGAACCCGGAAAAUGUGGAACUCAACAACGUUGAACCUUCAAUCGAAUCAACAGCGCGAGCUAUGGGAAAGGAUUGUCCCAAUGGGAUAUUCAGUGCAACAUGCUUGAAAAUUGAGGCUAUAUCGAUGCUUGAGAAACUUAGUUCGAAGGACGAACUGCGUCUUUUACCAGGGAUCAGUGUUGUGAAGGAAUCCAAAGAGAAUGACAGCAAAGCUGAGGAAUUUGCAGCGGAGCUUGCAAGGGCGAUGCCGUCCAAACCAGACGAGAGAUUAGAUAAAUACCUGCUUUAUAGACUUGGGAAUUAUUUGGAUAACCACUCAGUGAAACUAAGGCUUUUGGAUGACGGUGCUACUGAUGAAGCUAGGGCUCUGAUUGGAGAGGCUAGAGGCAAAGGCGGUGGUCUCGGUGGUGGAAAGAAGGGUGGUAUGGGAGGGUUGAUUGCUGCGGCGCUUAUGAUGAAGGGUACCCUCAUGUCUAUGGGUCUAGGAGCCCUCGCUUUGCUAGCAGGCAAGGCUCUUAUGACAGCUCUCAUGUCACUCCUUCUUUCUGCAGUCAUUGGUCUUAAAUCUCUGUCCAGCGGUGGCAAGUCUACGACCUACGAAGUUAUCUCCAAGCCUGUCUACACUCACUCCCAUUCCCAUUCUACUGCCCAUGAAGACGUUGGUGGAUAUGGGCACUCUGGUUAUGGAAGAAACCUGAAGAUUAGGAGGCGUUAAUGAAAACUUUAUGAUCAGGGCAUCAAAGUUCCUUGUAUGUUUGUAUUGUUUUUUGUAGUUGUAUGAAUGUACUGAUAUUAUUUAUUACGAAUGGUAUUACUAGAUCUAAAUUGAGUGAGAUAUCUUCUAUUUUUAUCAUGUUUAUUUUAUCUGUACUGCUUUUUUUUUACUUUUUCAUCAUUAUCACCAUAAUAGUCGAUGGACGUUCACUGCUGGCCUCUACUAUUAUACACUGUUAUAUCCUUUGCUUAUACUGUAUUUCCCAACACAACUUCCCUGAGCCGCCUGCUAUCAGCAACUUUACUGAUAAUAAUAACACAGUUACGUUAUUAUAUGGGUUCAUUAGAAAUCCUUUUCUUUAUUUUAUUUAGCUUCAGUUGAAUUUCUACGUCUUUUUCUACAAACUUAAUAACUUUAUUACCUUUUGUUUUUUUUUCAUAUUUCUUAACCAUCCUCAAAAGAGUCUUGAUUAAAUUUUAUAUAUGUUCUAUAAUACACACAGUAUACUAAUGUUUCAUACAUCUAAUAGUAACAUUUCAAGUAUUUAUCAUUUUUUAAUUAAUUUAUAUGUAUUAUUUUUUAUUUCAACUCCUAUUUUCUGUUUGUCUGUUUUGUUUUGUGUAGGUAUAUGUAUGUAUCUCAGUAUUUCUGUAUUUAUAUUUGUAUUACAUUUCAUAUCUCACUCAUUGCAAUGUUAGGUUCAAUGAACCUUAUGCCUAUCUAUGAUAACAAGUUUUCUGUAAAGCUGCAAUGCAUUUAAAGAAUAUGUACAAAAAUCAUUGUUAAAAUAAUAAUAAUUUAUA